UGUCUCAAUAGCUUACUAGAACGAUCCGGAACUUUUUCCUCACUUUCACACCCGCAAGCCGCUUCCGGAACUUGAGUGGACAUCAACACCUAGAUCCGGCGCACACGACCAGAAGCUUCGCAACAGCAGCACGACACACAACCGUAGUCAUGGCAGGCAGCAACGCAACAGUCGCUCAGCGACUCCAGAAGGAGCUCAUGGAUAUCAUGAUGAAGCCCACACCUGGCAUCACCGCCUUCCCCUCCGACUCCGACAUCACACUGUGGACCGCGACCAUUGACGGCCCCGCCGACACACCGUACGCCGGGCUUAUCUUCAAGCUGUCCAUGGAGUUCGCCAACAACUACCCGUACUCUCCUCCCACAGUGUUGUUCAAGACACCGAUCUACCAUCCCAACGUCGACUUCUCAGGUAGAAUCUGCCUGGAUAUUCUGAAGGACAAGUGGAGUGCGAUCUACAACAUUGGCACAGUGUUGCUAAGUCUGCAGAGCUUGCUAGGCGAGCCGAAUAAUUCAAGUCCCCUCAACGGCCAGGCUGCUGAGCUUUGGGACAAGGAUCCUGCCGAGUACAAGCGCCUCGUUCUCGCCCGCCACCAGACGCCCGAGGAGCUUGAUCCUUGAGCCCGGUGUUCGAGCAAUUACCAGCCUGCAUCUCGCUUUGGCGGCUGUUGCACUUUCUCAUUUGGAGUCGAGCUUGCUAGCUUAAGAAAGGGACAAGCAUUGCAGGCGUUCUGGUUGGGUUGGCAUGUCACGCGCUUCGGCGUGAUUGUUCCUCUGUCCGACCCGGUGGACUUGCUUUUGGAGUACUGAAUGGAUAACGAUACCUUGAUGGCGCAUCAGAACCUACAUUCCUACCCAAGCGGCCGUAUUUUAGUCACGAGUGCAUUGCUACCAACCACGCG